UCGCUAAGCCGCCCGUCAAUUGUUUUCAUGAAUUGACGUGUCGUGUUGAAUGCGAAAAAACCCAGAAUAGACCGUAAACACACACUCGCAUGGAGUUCCUGAAGAGUGGCAUCAAAACGGUGCUGGGCGGCACGGAGCCGGGCCAGCAGCCGAGUGCCGCCGAGACGGUGGAGAAGCUGGUGGACCGCGUCUACUCAUCAACGCUCCUGGAGGAUCGCCGUGAUGCCUGCCGGGCGCUGAAGGCCCUGUCCCGCAAGUACCGCAUCGAGGUGGGCGCACAGGGCAUGCCACCGCUGGUUCAGGUGCUCCAGAACGACGGACAGGAUGCAGAGAUCAUUAGCUAUGCGCUGGACACACUGUGCAACGUGGUCACCAGUGAGGAGUUCGAUGAGGAGGCGGAUAAUCCCACCGUUUCGGUGAAUGUGGGCGAGCAGUUCACGGAGAUGUUCAUCAAGACACCGGAGCACGUAACCGUGGUAAUGGGCUAUCUGGACGAGUACGAUUUCCGAGUGCGGCGCGCCGCCAUCCAAUUGAUUACGUCCCUUAUCUCGAACAAGACGCGAGAACUGCAGGAUUUGAUCCUGGUCAGUCCGAUGGGCGUUUCUAAGCUGAUGGAUCUGUUGACGGACAGCCGGGAAGUGAUUCGCAACGAUGUCCUGCUGCUGCUGAUCGAACUGACCAAGGGAAACUCAAACAUCCAGAAAAUUGUGGCCUUUGAGAAUGCCUUCGACCGCCUUUUUGAAAUUGUCCGGGAGGAGGGCUGUUCGGAUGGCGGAAUUGUGGUGGAGGACUGCCUGAUUCUGCUAUUGAAUCUCCUCAAGAACAACUCCAGUAAUCAACAGUUCUUCAAGGAGGGCAGCUAUAUCCAGCGAUUGGCGCCCAUGUUUGAGCUCUCACAGGAUGCGGAGGAGGUUGGCUGGUCGCCACAGAAGGUCUCAAACUUCCAUUGCCUGCUGCAGGUGGUGCGGGCACUGGUCACGCCCAGUAAUCAACAGCAGGUGGUGGCCGCCUGCCAGCGGGUCAUGCAAAAGUCCCGACUGCUCCAUGCUCUCUGUGAGAUUCUGAUGAGCAGUGGUGUACCGGCGGAUAUACUCACGGAAACCAUCAAUGCUGUGGCCGAAGUAGUGCGCGGCGAUCGGGACAACCAGGAUGAGUUGGGAAGAGUUAUGGCUCCGAGCAGUCCACCCAGACCGGCCAUUGUGGUCCUCCUUAUGUCCAUGAUUAAUGAGAAACAACUGCUGGCCUUGCGCUGCGCCGUUCUCUACUGCUUCGAGUGCUUCCUUUAUCGCAAUGCCGAUGGCCAGCGGGCGGUGGUACAGACCCUGCUGCCCUCCAGUGCGUCCGAUGUUAGCGCCCUUUCGACGGGACAACUCCUUUGCACCGGACUCUUCUCCACAGAUGCGCUAGCCAACUGGUUCUCCGCAGUGGCCCUGAUGCACUCGCUCGUAGAGAAUGUCGCUCUAAAGGAGGAGCUUCUGCGCGUACUGCUGGCCACUCCGGGUGGCCAAAGACCCAUCACUCUGCUCGAGCAGUGCACUAAUCUCAUGCAGCAGGAACGCUACCGCUUGCAGAGCAAGGUGGGCCUACUAAUGCUCCUCAGCUUAUGGCUGGCCCAUUGCCCAGGCGCGGUGAAGGCUUUGCUGGAGACGCAGGGCACCAUGGCCUAUCUAACGGCCCAACUUUGCUCCAACGAGCACGAUGAACGAGAGUUCCUUGUCCAGGGCAUGUGCGCCUUCCUCAUGGGCCUUUGCAUCCAGUUCAAUGACAACUCACUGCCCGGACAGAAGCGCGAGGACAUCAGUCAGCUAAUCAUCAAGCGCAUUGGCCAGGAGAGCUUCUGUAGCAAACUGGCCGAGGUGUCGCGCCACGAGGCCUACAGUAGGGCCUGCAAGCAGGCUCAGAUCCGUGCCAAAUCCGCCGGGGAACUACUGCUCGACUUCGAAUAUUGCAAGCUGUAUAAGGGAUUGGAGGCGUUGAUUGCCAAGCUGGUCAGCGGAUUUGAUGUAGAUGGCAUAGAACUGACCGAACUCACUCUGAGCUCGGAAGCUUCUGCAUUGGUUUCCCAGUACAAGGGAAUUAUCCGUGGCAUGGAUGCCCAGAUCCAAGCACUGCAGCAAACCUCCAAAGAACUGGAACAGGAGAAUGGCGAGCUGAAGGAGAAACUUGGUGAGGAGCAGUCGCUGAAGGCGCAGCUUUUGGACCAAAACACGCUGCUAAAGGCACAGCUGGGAGCCUCCACCGGUCAGGUGCAGUCCGCCCAGGGCGCGGAAUCCACGCCGGCCAACGAGGAGGAGCUAAAUGCCGCUCGCUACCAGGCGAACAUGUACUUCGCCGAGAACAUCCGUCUGACGAAGGAGCUGGAGACACUACGUCAGCAGUUGUCAGCCGAAAAGCAGCGUGCAGAUGCGGCGCAAGAAUCCCUGGCGGCCACUCAAAAGGAUCAAGAGGAUUUGCUCGAACUGCUGGCCGAUCAGGAGGCCAAGCUAACGCGAUACGAAGAAGUGGACUCCACUAAUGCCCCUCCCACUUCCAACGUAGCUCCCAGCGUGCCAGCAGCUGGGGAAGGAAGUCCCAUUCCCAGUGGCACCGCCAGCAGAUAGGAAUCGUUUCACGGAUGAGCUGCUAGCCACGUAUUACAACUGGAAAUUGCUCGACUGCCCCAAAAACGUUUUGCUAUCUUAUAUACACACAUUCUACUUGUUUUAUAUUUAUUUAACCUACGUACAGAAUAUAUGUCUAGAUCCAAAUUUAAACGAUUCCAUGUUAUGUUUUGGCGGGAACUGCAGCAAAUCGCAAGAGAUAGCUAUAUUCGCUCUCGAUUUCCUGUCUCCAUCUCUUUCCAAUUCGAUCCCAACUUUUUGUCUGCUUCUGUAGGAAUUCUUAGAUAGUGUUUGUUUUGACGUUUAUAUGUUUAACAAUCUUAAUAUAUUUAUGAUUGAGCUAAUCGUAGUGUUGCAAGAAAACCCUUUAAGCCGCUUCCUGACCUUGUUAAUUUAGAUAAUAAGUGUAUUCAUCGGCUUAUUAUGCCAAACAGAACUUUAAUUUAACUAUAGUCAAAACUGUUGCAUUUAACUGACGAAAAGUAUGAAAUAAAUAAAUGAAAAUAAAAUAUA